AUGCCGAAAGGACUGUCAUACCCGAGCUUCGAGCGGGCUGUCGGCGAGCUCUGCCCAGGAGGUCGCUCGAGUCUUGCGUACACGAAUCAGGGUCGCCUCUGGAAGGACGGGUUCUUCUCCGUUGCGAGCAAAACCUGGUUCCUGGCCUUGAGCCGGGCGCCUGACUUUGGAGCACGCUCAGAAGAUAUCAGAGCACGACUCAAGUCGGACCGGCUCCAUGUUCAGCGGGUCGCGGACUCGGUUGUCGACGAGCCGGACGGUCUGACCUUUGCCCUCUUUGCGGAAACGCUGAUUGGCAAGAAGGCGUACGAUCAAGCAGUCGGCGUUGGGGAGGAGAAGGACGACCCGCAACGUUUGGGCAUCGAGUACGGCAAACUGAUCACGGAUGCAGCGGUAGGGCCCACCAGCAACCAGCUGGACUCGAACCUCUCUGCGAUGCGAAGCCUCGCGGAGGCGGACGGCCAUGAUUGGUACCAUGCAACCUGGCCGGAGCUGCAGGAUAAAUGGAUCUACUUGUCCUCAACUCAACGCUCCUUCGUCAUCCGGCGCUGCCAACAUGCGCUUAAGCACCUCGACACGUACAAGUUCGUCGACAAAUUGUCCACUCAAGAGCUCGUCCGCCAUCUGCCUACUGCAGCAACACUGCUCGGUGCCUGGCCGCUCAUCGAGAAGCACGACAGGCUGCAUGACUGUCCGACCUGUGCGGCAGAAUAUGCACACAUUCAGGCGCGUGAUCGUGCUCUUUCCUCCCCUCCUUGA